UUGACUCAUAAAGACUCCUCGUCACUGUGCAGCAAGUAAAGUUCCUUUCUUUCCCUCCAAGUAUCCGGCUUCCCUCAGUUCUCCAGACCCACGCGAGAGAUGGGCGGCCAGGAUAAACCCCCAGGACCCGGACUCGAACCCGACAUACAGCCAUUACUGAACGCCUCCAAAUACUUCCUCUGUCACCGGAACUUUUCCCAGAGCUUGAAAUACGCGGACAAAGCCCAGCAAUCCAAUCCAAACCACCCUGGUCCGCCCCAAAUCCUCGCUAUAUCCACUGUUCUCUCGGCGACUCCGUCCUCGACCCGACCCGAACAGCCAGAAUGGUACUUAAUCAUCAACCUCCCUCGUUUUACUCAAGACCAGAAUCUGAUUCGGACCCGUUGUGCUUCGCUCGUCAACCUCUUAAACCCUGACACAAACCCUUACCCAUUUGCAGCCGAAGCCCGUGAUUGGGUUGUCAAAGCAGAAUCUGUUUUGUCUGACCCGGACGCGAAAGCCCAGUAUGAUAACGGAUUGAAAAUGACGCAAAAAAAUGUUGGAAAUGGCGGCGGAACUUUUUGGACUUUGUGUCCGUACUGUUACUUUAUGUAUGAGUACGAGAAAAUGUAUGUGGAUUGUGUCCUGAGGUGUCAGAAUUCCAAAUGCAGGAGGGCUUUCACGGCGGUGGCCGUUGCUGCUUCAGCGGCGCCGCCACCGGAGGUGCUGGAGGAAGGAAAGUAUACCUGUUAUGGGUUUUCGCCGCUGGGUUCUAACAAUGGAAGUGGUGGUGAUUCUGGUGAAGAGAGAGGGAAAAGUUGGUGGGCUCCAUUUGUAUCCAUGGGUCAAUAUCCGGGUCCAGUUCGGGCCGAUGAGGAAAAGGUGGAUGUGAGGACUAAUGUGGACUCAAGGAGUGAAAAGAGUAAUGGGUUUAUUGAAAUUUCUGAUGAUGAAACUGCAGGUAAAGAGAAAAUUGAAAGAGGGGGACAGGGAAACGGUGUUAACGAUGGGAAGGUGGUGAUGAAGAGGAAAAAAAUGGCUGCUAUAGGGAAGAAGAAAUUGAUGGGAAAAGGGAUUAGAGUUGUUGGGAACCAUAGUUUAUCAGCGGAGGGUGGUGAAGGAAUAGGAUUUAAAGCUGGAGGGAACGAAGCAAAUGCAAAUACAAGUCCAGGGAAUGAAGCAAAUGCAAAUACAAGUGGAGGGAUAACGGAAGGCUGUAAUGAGGAGGAAUUGGAGUUUUGUGCUGGAGAUGAUGAUAUUUUUGUUGCUGUGAAUCCUUGUGCUGAUUUAGGAUGUGAAAAGCUUAGGAAUUGAUGAGAGAUGAGUUGGGGAUUUUGAACUCUGUUUUUGUGCACUGUUUUUCUAGCUGGGAGCCUUGGACAUGAUGGUGUACUAAAUGGCCAGUAAAGUUUUGUAACUGGUAGAAUCAUGUUGAUAAUCAUUAGAAUUGUAGACCAUAGAACUGGUAGAAGUGAAGAAGUAAUCCUGAAUAUGGUUCUUGAUAUCUUUGUGUGGCUGUCAUGUGGAUUCUUUUGCCGGUAGUAUUUGAUGUUUUGAAACAGUUAUAUGGCCAAUAGUAUGCUUGGUUUUAUCCAAAAGUAAGUUGGAAAAAAAAAACAGAGAAAGGGAUCA